UUCAUAACAUUCAAAAGCUUCAACUUCACCAAAGAAUCAAUUCAAUUUCAAGAAAGAAAAAGUAUAGGGAGAAAAAUGGCCUGUUGGUCAGCUGAAAGUGCAACCAAAGCCUAUCUCAGAGCAAUAAAAAUGGGAAAGAAUGCUAAAGAACCAAAUGUAUCAGAAUUCAUCUCAGCACUUGCUGCAGGAAACAAUGCACAACUGAUGGUCAUCGCAUGUGCUGGUGCAGCCGACUCGACCACGCUAGCUCUUGUGGCUGCAGCCCAACAAACAGGAGGCAGAGUGAUUUGCAUCCUUCGCGAAUUUGACAAACUAAACACAUCAAUAGAAUUUCUAAGCCAUAACGCGAGGCAUGUUGAGUUUGUUAUCGGAGAUGCUAAGACGCUACUAGUAAAUGACUACAGAAGAGCGGAUUGCAUAGUAAUCGACUGCAACCUCAACAACUGUGAAGGCAUUCUUAAAACAGCACGAAGAACCGGGGAAAAUAAUGCUAUUGUUUUGGGGUACAAUGCAUUGCGAAUGGGGUCAUGGAGAUGUGAAAGCUUUAAUGCUCAUUUGUUACCCAUAGGAGAAGGGUUAUUGGUCACUAGAAUGACACAAAAAGGCAGUGAUUUUGGCGUUUCAGGGAAAAAGAGUCGAUGGAUUGUUAAAGUAGAUAAAUGCACAGGGGAAGAACAUGUAUUCAGGGUCAGAUCUUCACAUGGAAAACCUCUUGAAGCAUAGGUUUUCACUUAGUGAUAAUAGAUAGAGUAUACAAUACUUUUCCACCAUCUGAAAUAAUAAGCAGAGAUUUUGAUUCUUUUAUUCUUAGCAGGCUGUGUAUUUUGAACUGUAAAUACAAGAGAUUUAAUCAUGUUAAUAGUAGCAUAUAGUUGGCUGAUUCCUA